AUGAAGUUUGGAGAGCAUUUGAGAAAGGCCUUGAUCAAAAACUAUUCUUUUUACUACAUCGCCUACGACGACUUGAAACACAAUUUGAAAAAGGGAUUGAAAGAUAAUGACUAUGUCUGGAAUAAUGAGCUUGAAGAAGAUUUCCUUAACCAAUUGGAAGUUGAAUUGGACAAGGUAUAUUCAUUCACCAAGGUGAAAAACACUGAAGUCAAUAGAAGAAUUAAGGAGAGCGAAAAGUAUGUUCAUGAAGUUGUCAAUCAGUUGCAUCGCUAUCAAAGACACGAUUCUGGCGUCACCCAACCGCCUCAAGAGCAAGAUUUUGAGGAUUUGGAAGAAGAGUUGUCGGAUAUCAUUGCUGAUGUUCACGACUUGGCCAAAUUCACUAGAUUAAAUUAUACUGGAUUCCAAAAAAUCAUAAAGAAACACGAUAAAACAACACACUACCACUUGAAACCGGUUUUCCAGGCAAGAUUGAACUCAAAGCCAUUUUACAAGGAUAACUACGACAACUUGAUUGUCAAGUUGAGUAAAUUAUACGAUUUGGUGAGAACCAGGGGUAACCCAGUCAAAGGUGACUCUUCUGCUGGUGGUUCUCAGCAAAAUUUUGUGAGGCAAACGACAAAAUAUUGGGUUCAUCCAGACAAUAUUACUGAGCUCAAGUUGAUCAUCUUGAAACAUUUGCCAGUGUUGGUUUUCAACGCAGAUAAGGAGUUUGAACCUGAAGAUAGUGCGAUUACCUCAAUCUACUUUGAUAACAAGGAAAUGGAUUUGUACUAUGGUAGGUUGAGAAAAGAUGAAGGUGCCGAAGCAAUUAGAUUGAGAUGGUAUGGUGGCAUGAAAUCUGAGCAAAUCUUUGUGGAAAGAAAAACACACCGUGAGGAUUGGACUGGUGAAAAAUCAGUCAAGGCCAGAUUUGGCUUGAAAGAGAAAAAAGUCAAUAGUUUUCUUAGCGGAGAGUUAAAAGCCACCGAGGUGUUUGACAAGAUGAAGAGAGAAGGCAAAAAAUCUCCACAGGAGAUUGAAAAUUUAGAGAGAUUGGCCCAGGAAUGUCAAUACCGUAUCUUGAAAGAGAAGUAUCGUCCCGUGAUGAGAUCUUUCUACAAUAGAACCGCAUUCCAAUUACCCGGAGACGCUAGAGUCCGUAUAUCUUUAGAUACAGAGUUGACCAUGGUUAGAGAAGAUGAUUUUGAUGGGUACGACAGAACACACGGUAAUUGGAGAAGAAUGGAUAUUGGUGUCGAUUAUCCUUUCAACCAAUUACCCGAAAGAGAUGUUUGUAGGUUCCCCUAUGCGGUGUUGGAAGUCAAGUUGCAAACCCAAUUGGGCCAAGAACCUCCAGUUUGGAUUAGGGAGUUGAUCAACUCGCACUUGGUUGAAGCCGUCCCCAAGUUUUCCAAGUUUAUCCACGGUGGAGCAACAUUACUAACAGAUUAUGUUGACUUGCUUCCAUUUUGGUACACACAAAUGGAUGUUGAUAUCAGAAAACCCAAGAUUGUUGAAGAAUAUGGUAUUCGUCGUCACCAUGGACAAGGCCGAGAUCAACAACGAUUGGGUGACAGUACCAGUGGUGUUGAUUUGGACGACGAGGAGUUAACAGGUUCGUCAUAUGCUGGCGGUGUCCACUUUUCCAAUGACACCAACCCAUUGGAGGAUGAUUUAGACGAACAAACACCGCUCUUGUUGCCAAACAACUAUUCUUCGCGUCACACAAAUUCUCCAGUAAGAAACUGUCUCUACCAUUUGUACGGCAAGUUUCUUUAUUACUUCAAUGACGACCGUACAUUUACAGUGAAACCAGGUACGAAUUACGAUUUGAACGCCACAUUCAAGGACAAGCUUCCACCUGGUAAAACAAUUUGCGUACCGGUAAGAAUUGAACCAAAAGUUUAUUUUGCAAAUGAGCGUACGUUUUUGAGUUGGAUCACCAUUGGUAUGAUAUUGGGGUUCACGGCGACAACAUUGUUAAACUAUGGAUCCAAUAGUGCACUUACGGCUAGUAUCGGGUUUUUCAUCACUGCCUUGUUUACUUUGGGGUAUGCCACGUAUAGAUACAUCUGGAGAGUCUUGAUGAUUAGAGACAAGAAGCCAGUGCAGUAUGGUGAUAAGUUUGGUCCUAAUAUGAUUUGCGCAUUCAUAUUCUUGUCCACUUUUGCAACCUUUGUAUUUAGGGCAUUGGACUAG